AUAAAUUAAAACGUGGACAGUGUAGUGUGGAAGAGAGUGACGGAAACAUGCUAUGCAAAGAACAUGUGAAAUUCAAGUAGCCAAUCCGAAAUGGAUGGAGAGGAAAGAGUACCCUCUUGCAUGACUCAUUGUCUCUUCUUGCGACUCCCUCUACUCCUUCUCCAGGGUAUAUGCUUAUAGCAUCUUCUUCUGAUACCUCUCUCUCUCUCUCUCUCUUAUUUCUCUAUCCAUCACUCAUAAUAGGAACCUUCGUUCACUUUCACUUCGAAGUUGAAACAAAUCAUGCUUCACUCCAACACUUCUCUCCUUCCCCACACCAAUCGUUUUGUUUUCUCUUUUCGUUUCAAACCUUCGCAUUCUUAUUCACACUCUCACUCUCUCUCCUUCUCCAAUUUUCUAUCUCUUCAACACCAUUCUCCUUCUCUCUCCUCAUGUUGCCGCGUCGCACGUGUCUCCACCGAGGCGUUGGAGUUGUCGCCACCGCCGCCCGGCUUCAACUUUCGCCGCGAAAUCGCCAGGCUCGCCGCCCUCCGCGACAAGCUCGCCGCCUGCGCCACUCUCGAGGACAAGCUCCGAGUGAUAGACGCCGAUUCCAGAGUGAAUCGUUUUUUCGGUCCCCGCCACCGGAACAGCCGGUUCAGUAGGGUUUUGGCUUCGCUUCAGUUGAACUCUGAUGAAUUGUUCUUGCUCAAGUGCUUGGUUGCUGCGGGGCAAGAGCACGUGCUGUGUUUGGGCGGAACCGAAUCGUUGGACUCCGCAGGCACUGUGAGCUCCAUCAAGAGCGCGCUUUAUGCUCUGGCGGAGUGGAUUGAGAACUUCGAUUCCUAUAACGGUAAUGCCGGUGUAGAUUUGGGGAUGACUUUGGGUGAUGGUGAAAUUCGGGACUUGAACAAGUUGUUGGAGACUUUGGCAGAAAUUGAUCGCUUCUAUGACUGCAUUGGAGGGAUUAUUGGAUACCAGAUAACCGUACUGGAACUUCUUGUUCAAAAGUUGUUUGAGAGUCAGAAUAAAAACUGGUCCCAGCAUAGGCAUGAAAUGAAAGAAUGCCAAAUUUUGGGAAUUGAUGCACCUAAUGGGCUUGACCUAUCUCAAAAUACGGAGUAUGCAUCUCAAGCAGCUCUAUGGGGUAUAGAGGGUUUGCCAGACCUAGGUGAAAUUUAUCCUUUGGGAGGCUCUGCGGACAGGCUUGGUUUAGUUGAUCCUAACACAGGUGAAUGCCUGCCCGCUGCAAUGCUACCGUAUUGUGGAAGGACUUUGUUGGAAGGUCUUAUAAGAGAUAUUCAGGCUAGAGAAUUCGUGUACUUCAAGUUAUAUGGGAAACAAUGCAUCACACCUGUUGCAAUAAUGACAAGUUCUGCAAAGAACAACCACAAACACAUAACUUCUCUGUGUGAAAGACUUUCCUGGUUUGGAAGAGGUCAAUCAACUUUCCAACUUUUUGAGCAGCCUCUCGUUCCAGUUGUUGGUGCAGAAGAAGGACAGUGGCUGGUCACCAAACCAUUCAGUCCCUUGAGCAAGCCUGGUGGUCAUGGUGUCAUAUGGAAACUUGCUCAUGACAAAGGCAUCUUCAAAUGGUUUUAUCAUCAAGGCAGAAAAGGUGCAACUGUGCGCCAAAUCAGUAAUGUUGUCGCAGCUACAGAUUUAACCCUCCUGGCCUUAGCAGGGAUAGGCUUACGUCAAGGAAAGAAACUGGGAUUUGCAUCUUGUAAGCGUAUCUCAGGUGCUACAGAAGGAAUUAAUGUGCUGCUGGAGAAGAAAAGUCUUGAUGGGAACUGGGAGUAUGGUGUGUCUUGUAUUGAAUACACUGAGUUUGAUAAGUUUGGAAUUACUGACAGACCUCUUGGUUCAAAAAGUUUGCAGGAAGAGUUCCCAGCCAAUACAAACAUCUUAUAUGUUGAUUUACCUUCUGCGGAGCUAGUUGGAUCAAGUAAAAAUGAAUCUAGUUUACCAGGAAUGGUGCUAAAUACUAGAAAGCCAAUAGUCUACUCAGAUCAGUUGGGAAGACAUCAUAGCGUCUCAGGUGGCAGACUAGAGUGCACAAUGCAAAAUAUAGCAGACAAUUUUACCAAUUCAUAUUCAUCUAGAUGUUAUAAUGGAGUGGAAGAUAAGCUAGAUACGUUUAUUGUAUAUAAUGAACGGAGAAGGGUUACCUCAUCUGCAAAGAAAAAAAGAAGACAUGGAGACAAGUCUUUGCGCCAGACACCUGAUGGCUCUCUGUUGGAUAUCUUACGAAAUGCUCACGAUCUUCUUUCACAAUGUAAUAUAAGACUUCCUGAGAUUGAAGCUAACGAGACCUAUGUUGAUUCUGGACCACCAUUUCUCAUCCUUCUGCAUCCUGCUCUUGGUCCCCUUUGGGAAGUUACUAAACAAAAGUUUUAUGGUGGUUCCAUAUCAAAGGGCUCUGAGUUACAAAUAGAGGUUGCAGAGUUUUCUUGGAGGAAUGUUCAGCUCAAUGGAAGCCUAAUCAUAAUAGCUGAAAAUGUUAUGGGCUCAAUGAAGGUUAAUGAGAGCGGUGAAUCCGUACUACAUUAUGGGGAAAGGUGUGGAAGAUGUAAAUUGCAAAAUGUCAAGGUAUUGAACAAGGGAAUUGAUUGGACACAUGGUGGAAACAUAUAUUGGAAACAUGACGUGAAGCGAUCUGAGGUGCUGCAGAUCAGACUGCAUGGAAAUGCUGAAUUUGAGGCUACUGAUGUUGUCCUACAGGGAAAUCAUGUCUUUGAAGUUCCAGAUGGCUAUAAAAUGAAAAUCAUUCCAGGCAGCGCAGGUUUAGCAAUCCAGUUAGAUCCGAUUGAACAAGACAUGAUGCACAGUGGAAGCUGGCACUGGAAUUACAAAAUAGAAGGUUCUCACAUUCAGCUAGAAUUAGUAGAAUCAUAGAACACUAGCCACUUUAGAUAUCUGCUGCGUGAAUCAUGGUUCACAGCUGGUAUUGGAGUUGUUAAUAAUUUCGAUUACCAAGUGACAGGUUGAACAAAAGUUAAGCCUUUGUCAUUUUGGGUUGUUUUACACUUAUGUUGUAAAAUAUUGAUAGGCUUGUAAAAUCCGUGUCUCUUCCCUCACCUUUCUUCUCCUUUGCCUUUUUUCUGUUUUCCCUUUUUUCCAUAGGGAUGAUCUCCUUGUAACCAACAUUGUAAACUCAGGAAUUCAAGUAAUGGAUAUGGAUCUACUACAUUAAUUGCAGUUUGCAGACAAAUUAACAC